AUGUCUCUGACCAACGCUUCCCCCGAGCAAGCGGCACGCGCUGCGAAGGUCUCUUCUCGAAAGCUGGCAGCGCUGCCGACAGCGGCGAGAAACGCUGCGCUAGAUGCAGUACAUGAUGCCUUGGCGGGCGCGAGAGCUGACAUCUUGGCCGCAAAUUCAAGAGAUGUCGAGUUUGCGAAGCAGUCAGCUGCGAGCGGCGAGCUCAGCCUAAGUAUACUAAAGCGCUUGGACUUGUCUCGGAAAGGCAAGUUCGACGAUAUGCUUCAGGGCAUAAGAGACGUGCGAGCGCUAGAAGAUCCAGUCGGCAGGGUGGACUUACGGACAGAAUUAGAUGAUGGACUAAUACUGCAGCGCCAAACGUGCCCAAUCGGCGUGCUUUUGAUCAUAUUUGAAGCUCGUCCGGAGGUCAUUGCAAACAUCGCAUCGUUGGCCAUCAAAUCUGCCAACGCGGCGAUCCUGAAGGGUGGCAAGGAAUCGACAGAAUCGUUCAAAAUCAUUUCCACAAUCAUCUCGAAAGCGCUCGCCAACACGGACGUACCAAACGAUUCGAUUCAGCUCGUGACGACGCGAGAUGCAGUCGAUCCAUUGCUUGAGCUCAGCGAAUACAUUGAUCUCGUGAUUCCAAGAGGCUCGAAUGAACUUGUCCGACAUUGCCAGCGCAAAGCGCAUAUGCCAGUGCUUGGUCACGCAGACGGUCUUUGUAGCAUAUACAUUCAUGCCGACGCAGACGAGGACAUGGCGGUGAAUGUCGUCGUCGACUCCAAGACCGACUAUCCUGCAGCUUGCAAUGCGGUGGAGACACUGCUCGUACAUGAGAAUGUUCUGAAGACUGUGCUGCCCAAAGUGGCAUCUGCGCUUAUAUCGAAGGGAGUUGCCCUCCGCUGUGAUCAAGCAUCAAGAGCGGCAUUGAGCAAGCAUUUGCCACAAGACCGAGCCCUGCUACUUCACGAUGUUUCCGACGCCGAUUUCUCCACAGAGUUCCUGGAUUUGGUACUUGCCAUACGGACUAUCACACCUGAUGGCAACAAGCCUACCUCGGCCGUUGACGCCGCGAUUGAGCACAUUAACACGCAUGGCUCGCAUCACACAGAUGCGAUUAUCACAGCCUCCAAGGAAGUCGCAGAUCGCUUUUGCAACGGUGUUGACUCGGCCUGCAAGUUCUGGAAUUGUAGCACCCGCUUUUGUGACGGUAUGCGGUUUGGUUUCGGGACGGAAGUUGGCAUUAGCACGAAUAAGGUCCACGCCAGAGGCCCGGUUGGCCUCGAAGGUCUAAUGAUACACGAGUACAGGUUGUCGGGUAUGGGGCAAGGUGCCGCGAUGUAUGGUUCAGGCGGUCGGCAGUACAAGCACAAGAAGCUACCGUUGCUGUAG